GAAGCCCCACACUGCUCCGCGGAGGUCUUUCUUUGGACCCGUCUGGGCCAAUGGUUGCCCCUCUACAUCGCGUCGGACGGCUGUGGUUCGGAGUAAUUGUGACCGGAACGAGGCGGACUGCGGCGCGAUGUCGGCUCUGAGGGAGAAGCAGAGCUACGGACUGUCCAGCGGGGAGCUCAACCCCGGCGGCAACGUCUCCGUUUUCCACGUAAAACUCACUGACAGCGCGGCAAGAGCCAUCGGUACCUUUCACAACGGCAAGAGCUGGUCUUCCCAUCCCACCAUCACUUUCAGUGGAAAUCAAGGGAGGAUCACCAUCCCAUGCUCAGAAAACGGAGAUGAAGCGAGGAUCUUCACCUUCGGAGUGGCCAACGUCGCCCGGAACAGUCCGCACGGGAGCUUUGACUGCGUCAAACAGCACAGCACGAGUGCCGCCGAGGAGCUCACAUGUCUCGGGGUGAUUCAGAAGAAGAUGACAGUCAACGCUACCGAUGACUCGUACGAUAAGGCCCGCCAGAGCAUGGCCCAGGCCGAGGAGGAGACGCGCAGCCGAGGGGCCAUCGUCAUCAAAAACGGAGCGCGCUACCAGGGCAAGAAGGUGACCGUGCGAGCUCCUGCUCCUGCGCUGGCCAGGCUGACCAAGCCCAAACACUCGCCUCACUCCCUCCUCAACUUGAGCCGGGGGGUCGGCGUGCCGAGGCCGAAGAAGGGCCCCUGCCCGGUGGGGAGGAAGAGCGUGGGCGACGUCCGGGAUCGAGCCCUCAGGGAGAGGGUGAUGCACCUGCUGGCUCUGAGGCCGUACAAGAGGCCCGAGCUGAUCCUGCGGCUGCAGAGAGACGGGCUCACCGAGGGAGACAAAGACGCGCUGGACUCGGUUAUGACGGAGGUGGGGCAGCUCAGUAACAGAGACAGCACGUUUGUUCUGAAGGACGCGUUCUAUAAGGAGCUGCAGAGGGACUGGCCAGGCUACACCUCAGGGGACCAGCAGCUGCUGAAACGCAUCCUCGUCAGGAGGCUCUCUCUACCACAGCAGAACCUCCUCGCCGUCCCAGAGGCCCAGGUCAGCCCACUUCGGGAGACCCCCAACUCUUCACCAGCACACCGCCCGAAACACCCCCUCCUGGAUGAAUACGCCGAGCCCGCGUCCAGCAAGAGGCCCAGAAUAUCCCACCUAACGAGCAAAUCGACGAGUCAGGAUUCAAGGCUGAGGUCGUCCAAACAGGAGGCUGGGAGAGACGCAGCGGAGGACGGGCGAGAGAACUCUCUAGACCCGAAAAGACUCUUUGACUCGCUGUCAGCAGUUUGUCAACAGGAAACAGAAGUGGCUAAAAGGCUGAAGCCGACGGAUUCUCCUCAAGAGGAACCUAAAGACCCAGACGGUCGAGGCAAACCCGACUCUGAGCUCCCCCCUCCGCCGCUGAUGGCGCCCGAUCAGAGGAGACACACGGUCAAAAAGAAGAAGAGCAAACACAAAGAUCAGGAGAAAGAUGGACGGAGAGACAAAAAGGAAAGAAAAAUAGAGAAAGAUCGCGAUUCAGAUUAUUUAAAUGACGAAGUUCCUUUGGAAGGCAAAGAGACGAGUAAACUUUUGUUUGACUGCAACGUACCUCAAGUGGACACUGACCCUGAAGACUAUUUACUGAAGUACACACUGAUUUCCAGUCCAAACCAGAGACAGAGUUACAAGCAGGACUUCAACAAGGAGUACAGCGAGUACAGAGAUUUGCACGCUCGCAUCGACAGCGUCACGCAGCAGUUCAUGGAGCUGGACACUCAACUCAAGCAACUUCACCACGAGUCGCGGAAAUACAAGACAGUUCGGAAUAAAAUCCUACAGGAGUACCGCAAAAUUAAAAAGUCCAAUCCCAACUACAACCAGGACAAAGUUCGCUGUGAAUAUCUGCACAACAAGCUGGCCCACAUCAAGAAGCUCAUAUCAGACUUUGACCAGCAGCAGCUCGCCGUGGAUCACGCCUGUCCCAAAUGAAGAGCCUGGCUGGGGAGGAUGCAAUGAGUACAGGAGGACAACAAACCGGGGUUAAUGCUGAGCUCAGCGCCGUCUACCUGCAGCCUUUAUGGCUUCACGGAGCCUCGAUAAUACCUGCUGUAAAAAAAAAAAAAACAAAACAGCAAUUUUCAGUGUAAGAAAAGUGGAUUAUUUUCUUAGAAAGUUAGAAAUCUUCUAUGAAAUGCUCCUACACCGGGCUUGAGGAGAUCUGCAUCAACGAGGAUACUCAACGGUUCUGUUUACGCGGUUAAAGCUGGAAACGAGUGCGGAGACGAGCUGCUAAGUUGUGAAGUAUCGGUCGUAUGCUCUGGUUGCCAGGUUAGCAUUCAAGUUUUCCCCCGAGAAAACUGCAUGCUGUACAUAUCCACAAAGACUGCAUGAUUGUCAGGUGACGGGUGUUUUGAUUUUUCUUCUUCGUGAUGGCAGCUAAAACGCAGGCCUGACCGUCAGUAUUAUUUAAGCUUGUCUCUUCGUCAGUUCGGAUUGAAUUAAUUAAAAAAUCCAGUUCUACCCAGGGUCCAUUGUUUAUCACCGGGCUUAUCCUUCUGGAGGUUCAUUCAUGGUGUUCACUGAAAGUGUAAAUUACAGCUGGUGAAAACGGUCUAAUGUACAGAGCCAUUCAUACUGUAAGCUGAGAUGAUUUGAAAAACAAACAAAACAAAAAAAAAAACACUGAAAUGUGAUAAAAUGCAUGAUGUUUGUGUUACGGACUGCAUGUUGGAAAAAAAAACUGAAGAUAUUGUCAAAGUUUCUAAUAAAUAAUUUUGUACUGAU